AACAAUAACCGGUGCAGUCCAACUAUUUUCUUCUUUCACUUAUCAAUAUUUGUAUUGUGUUGCAUUGAAUAGAGCCGUGACAUCCUUAAUUCAAGGUCAUGGAUUCUCAGCUCAUGGUUGGUCUUGCUCUCUCAUGCAUUGGUGGCUUGAGUACUUCUAUAGGUGGACUCUCUGUAAUAAUCAACAAAACUCCAAGUUUAAAGUUGCUUGGACUGUUGCAGGGUUUUGCUGCUGGUUUGAUGCUGAGCAUUUCAUUCUUUGACCUUGCUCAUAAUGCUAUUAACUCACUUGGAUAUCUCAAAGGAAACCUUUGGUUUUUUGCUGGUGUCAUAUUCUUUGCUGUUGUAACCAAAUUUAUCCCAGAACCAACAGCAGUUCCCAUUCCAGACGAUAAAAAGACAAAGAAUGUUGGAGAUCGUAGAAACAGGGACAUUAUGAAAAGGCAGCGCCGUCAAGUUUUGUUCAGCGGAAUUAUCACUGCCAUUGGUAUUAGCUUACAUAAUUUUCCUGAAGGAAUGGCAGUGUUCCUUGGGUCCAUGAAGGGCCUUCGAGUUGGUCUUAACCUUGCAUUAGCCAUUGCUCUGCACAAUAUCCCAGAGGGUAUUGCUGUUGCACUUCCUGUUUAUUUUGCAACAGAGAGUAAAUGGCAGGCAUUGAAAUUGGCAUCAUUUUGUGGGUUUGCUGAGCCUUUAGGAGUCAUAAUUAUAGCAUGUCUGUUCCCUAGAAGCUUAAAUCCUGAGAUUCUUGAAGGUUUGCUUGGAGCAGUUGGUGGAGUAAUGGCAUUUCUAACACUUCAUGAAAUGCUGCCAUUGGCUUUUGAUUAUGCUGGACAGAAGCAGUCUGUUAAGGCCGUCUUUUGUGGCAUGGCAUUCAUGUGUGCAAGCUUGUUUCUUCUACGACUGAGUUUACCAGAGAACAUGGUUUAAUGUACAAGUAAUCCCAGGAGUAACAUACAUGACAUGAACAUUAAAAUGUAAUUAACUAUGGUUUAGUUUCUCCUACUAUAUAGAGGAAUGUUGUACAAAGAACAGGAGGAGGUAAAAAAAUAAUGACAAGAAUUUUAAUCCUGUGUAUUACUCGAAAAAGAGAUCAUCUUGUCA